UUCACACUCUUCUUCCAUCGCUGUUGUCGCGAUCGAAGAGCUGAAAUGGAGGCAAGAGAAGAAGGCGCGAAGAAGGGCGAGGAAUUGGAGGGGCAGUGGCGGCUGUACGAGGCCUACAAUGAGCUGCACGGCCUGGCGCAGGAGUUUGACACGCCGUUCGACGCGCCGGCGGUGCUGGUGGUGGGCCACCAGACCGACGGCAAGAGCGCCCUCGUCGAAGCCCUCAUGGGCUUCCAGUUCAACCACGUCGGCGGCGGCACCAAGACGCGCCGCCCCAUCACGCUCCACAUGAAGUACAACCCCGACUGCGACUCCCCUCUCUGCCAUCUCUUGUCCGACUCCGACCCCUCCGUUUCCCACGAAAGAUCGCUCCACGAAAUUCAGGCAUUUAUAGAAGCUGAGAACAUGAGGUUGGAGAAGGAGCCGUGCCAGUUUUCUGCAAAAGAAAUAAUUAUCAGAAUAGAAUAUAAGUAUUGUCCCAACCUUACCAUUAUAGACACUCCAGGACUUGUUGCGCCUGCUCCAAGUAGAAAGAAUCGGGCAUUCCAGGCGCAAGCUCGUGCAGUGGAAUCUCUGGUGAGAGCUAAAAUGCAGCACAGAGAGUUCAUCAUAUUAUGCCUUGAAGAUUGCAAUGAUUGGAGCAAUGCAACUACGAGGAGGGUAGUAAUGCAGAUUGAUCCUGAGCUGUCAAGGACGGUAGUUGUUGCAACAAAACUUGACACCAAAAUACCUCAGUUUGCACGGUCUUCAGAUGUGGAAGUCUUCCUCUCACCUCCUGCUUCUGUACUUGAUGGCUUCAUGCUGGGAGAUUCUCCAUUUUUCACGUCUGUGCCUUCAGGAAGAGUUGGUUCUGGACCUGAAUCAGUUUACAGAUCUAACGAUGAGUUCAAACAGGCUAUUUCUUCAAGGGAAGCGGAAGAUGUUUCAGCUUUGGAGGAGAAGCUGUGCAGACCACUUUCAAAACAGGAAAGAAACAGGAUAGGGAUUAGCAGUCUUAGGCUAUUUUUGGAAGAGUUGCUGCUAAAAAGGUAUAUGGAUAGUGUACCAUCAAUCAUUCCACUCCUUGAAAAAGAGCAUCGAAGCAGCACAAGGAAGCUAAAUGAAAUUAAUGAGGAGCUCAGCUCGUUGGAUAAAGUGAAACUCAAGGAGAAAGGCAGAGUUUUUCAUGAUCUCUUUCUGACCAAGUUAUCACUGUUGUUGAAAGGGACAGUUGUUGCACCACCAGAUAAAUUUGGGGAAGCUCUCCAAGAUGAAAGGGUCAAUGGAGGGGCAUUUAUUGGAUCUGAUGGUCUUCAGUUCCCACACAAGCUAAUACCUAAUGCUGGGAUGCGUCUUUAUGGUGGUGCUCAAUAUCAUCGUGCGAUGGCUGAGUUCCGGUUUGUUGUUGGAGGAAUCAAAUGUCCUCCAAUUACUCGUGAAGAAAUUGUAAAUGCUUGUGGAGUUGAAGACAUUCAUGAUGGAACUAACUAUUCCAGGACUGCUUGUGUAAUUGCUGUUGCAAAGGCCCGUGAUACCUUUGAACCCUUUCUCCAUCAGUUGGGGUGUAGACUAUUGCACAUUCUUAAGAGAUUACUACCAAUUGCUGUAUAUCUUCUUCAGAAAGAUGGUGAGUAUCUUAGUGGUCACGAUGUAUUUCUUAGGCGAGUUGCAUCUGCCUUCAACAAUUUUGCAGAAUCCACUGAAAGAUCAUGCCGUGAAAAAUGCAUGGAGGAUUUAGUAAGCACAACUCGAUAUGUAACCUGGUCCCUCCACAAUAAGAAUCGAGCUGGAUUACGUCAGUUUCUAGAUUCAUUUGGUGGAUCCGAGCAUUCUACCAUGAAUGGUAAUUCUAUAUCUGUUAGUCAAGAAUUGUCAUCUGAAUCUGUAACCAGCGAUAAUAAGCAGGACAUUAAACCACGGGCAGAUGUAAAGGUUGGUCAUGUUACUUCAGGGAAUGACUCAAGUGUGAGUCCCCAGACAUCAGAAACAAGGCUAGCUGACCUCUUAGAUAGCACACUUUGGAACAGAAGGCUUGCUCCUUCUUCUGAGAGGAUUGUUUAUGCCUUGGUUCAACAAAUAUUUCAUGGCAUUAGAGAAUAUUUCUUGGCGUCAACAGAAUUGAAGUUCAACUGUUUUCUCCUCAUGCCAGUUGUUGACAAGUUGCCGGCACUCCUUCGCGAAGACUUAGAAUCUGCAUUUGAAGAUGAUUUGGAUAAUGUUUUUGACAUCACUAACCUGCAGCAUUCGUUUGGACAGCAGAAACGGGAAACUGAAAUUGAGUUGAAAAGGAUACAAAAACUUAAAGAGAAGUUCAGGAGCAUUCACGAGCAACUCAAUUCCCAGAAACUUAAGUUUAAGCAAUAGUUGUAAUCUGUUUCGUAAUGAGUUUGGAAAGAGAGAAGUGAGAAUUGCAAUUCUGUAUUAUUUUUCUUUACUCUUGCUUUAGUUUGAUCACAUUGAAAGAGUAUAUAUAUGAAGUCGCGUGCUUAGCAUAUACUGAACGCUAUUAUUCCAUAAAAGAGUGAAAGUGCAUGUCAGUUAAUGAUUCACACA